AUGAGAGAAACAGAACCACAGCAAGAUGAAGAAAUGGAAAAUCUGAGAUCCAAAGCCACAGAACUUCUCCUAAGAGAAGAAUACAAACCCUCAAUCCAAGCCUACACCCAAAUCAUCUCCCUCUGCCAAACCCGCAUCGCCGCCAAAAACCCAGAUGGGCCCCACCUCAACAAGCUCCUCUGCCUCUCCUUCUCCAACCGGGCCGAAGCCCGGGCCCGCCUGUCGGACCACACCUUAGCACUGACAGACUGCGAGGAGGCCUUAAGAAUCGACGAUUCCCAUUUCAAAACCCUCGUUUGCAAGGGUAAGAUUCUGCUGAGUCUGAACAGGUACGGCGCCGCCCUGUGCUGCUUCAACGCCGCCAAUCUCGGCCCGCAGGCGAGCGAGAAUUCCGAUCUGGUAAAUGGGUUCUUGGAAAAAUGCAAGAGGCUCGAGUUUCUAUCGAGAACCGGCGCGUUUGAUAUUUCCGAGUGGGUGCUGAGUGGGUUUCGUGGGAAAUCGCCCGAAUUAGCAGAGUACAUCGGCGCAUUGGAUAUCAAGAAAUCGGAAAUCAGUGGUCGCGGCCUGUUUGCGACGAAGAAUGUCGAAAGCGGGACUCUGCUUUUCGUCACUAAAGCCGUCGCAGUUGAUCGGGCUAUAAUGCCGCAGGAUUCCGGCGAGAACGCCCACUUGGUUAUAUGGAAGAACUUUGUCGAUAAAGUGUCGGACGCCGCCGGGAAAUGCAGCGGCCUCACCAAUUUGAUAUGGAAUCUAUCUUCCGGUGAAGAAGACGAGGAGAACACGAUGGAAGUUCCUAGAAUCGGAAUCUUUAGGCCCGAGGAAUUCGAUACCGAUUCUUGUAAGAAGAAGAAGAAGGUACUAGAUAUGGGUAGAUUGUUGAGUAUCUUGGAUGCGAAUUCUUUUCUCGAGGAUUCGAUUUCGGCAAAAGUAUUGGGUAAAAACGCGGAUUACCAAGGUGUAGGGUUGUGGGUUCUGGCUUCAUUGAUCAACCAUUCUUGCGAACCGAACGUGAGGCGGUUGCACGUGGGGGACCACGUGGUGGUCCACGCGUCUCGAGAUUUGAGGGCGGGGGAGGAGUUGACUUUCGCGUAUUUCGACGUGCUUUCGCCGUUGAGUAAAAGGAGGGAAAUGGCGAGGAGUUGGGGGUUUGUUUGCGGGUGCAAGAGGUGCAAAUUCGAAGAGAAUUUGGGGUGUAAGCACGAGACGAGAGAGAUGGAGAUCUUGAUGAUGGGGGGGAAAGGCGGGGUCGAUAUGGGGGGAGUGGUGUAUAGAUUGGAGGAAGGGAUGAGGAGGUGGGGGGUGAGGGGGAGGGGGAAGGGGUAUUUGAGGGGGUCGUUUUGGGAGGCGUAUUCGAAGGUUUUCGGUUCGGAGAAGGUGAUGAGGAAGUGGUGGAGGAAGAUUCCGGAAGGGGAGGCGGUGGUUGAUAGCGUGGUGGACGCGGUGGGGAGCGAUGAGAGGGUUGUGAAGGUUUAUUUGGAGGGGUUGAAGAGAGGCGGCAGCGGUGGUGGCGGUGGCGGCGGCGGGAUUAAUGGGGUGGUGGAGAUGGAGAAGGCAAUGAAGUUGGCAAGAGGUGUUUAUGGGAAGGUGAUGAAGAAACAUGCACUUAGGAGUUUCAUUCACUUUGGUGAAUAA